AAAUUAUAGAAAUCAAUAAAAUAAAUCAAUCGAAGAAAUGCCACUAUUUGAGGGUUGUUGCUCAUAUUCAUCCAUUGAGCGCAAAAAAUCAAUCGCAUAUGCGCCAUCUACGAAACAAUUAGGUGAGAAAUGUGUAGAAGAAGGAGAAGAACAACAACAACAACAACAACAUCAAGAACAUGAACAACAAGAACAAGAACAACAAGAACAACAACAACAGGAACAUGAACAACAGGAACAAGAACAAGAACAAGAACAAGAACAACAACAAGAACAACAAGAACAACAAGAACAAGAACAACAACAACAACAACAACAACAACAACAACAACAACAACAACAGCAACAACAACAACAAAAGGAUAUGUCAAUGUCAACAUCGGAGUGUAUGGUAAAGACUAGUCAUAUUUUAUUAAAAUAA